AGUCCCUCCCCAAGUCGCGUUGGCGGAAAAGAAGGAAGACUUGUACGUCUGUCAACAGCCUUGGUUAACAUUGUCGGUGUCGAUGGCUCCUUAAUAUCUGUUAGCACCUAACUUUAACGUUCUUGUCGGCUGGACGUGAUACUUCUUCGACGAGCUGGCGGGUCUUCAUCCCAUCCUGCCCCGCGUCCUACUCGGGGGCCUCACACACUCCAUCAUCGUGGCUCUUUCCGUCUCCACCGCAGCUCAGCCCGGCACUCCUAACCGGCGCGCACACAAAGCGGUCUUGAAACCACUUACUCUGGAGAACCGGUGCGCCGCCUUCCAGUAUCGGGUCGGCCCAAAUUCAGCGGAAGGUGAAAGUCUUCACCGACGUGCCGCAAAUUUUGCAAUGCCGGGAUCCUCGUCCGCGGUCGGCAGCAAGGCUCGGGUGUACGCCGAUGUCAACACGCGGAAGGACAAGGAGUACUGGGACUACGAUGCACACGUGCCGCACUGGAGCAAUCAAGACAAAUACAAGUUGGUGCACAAGUUGGGCAGAGGGAAGUACAGUGACGUUUUUGAGGCCAUUGAUGUGACCAACAAUGACAAAGUAGUCUUGAAAAUCCUCAAGCCUGUCAAGAAGAAGAAAAUCAAACGGGAAAUUAAAAUUUUGGAAAAUUUACGUGGGGGAACCAACAUCAUCCACCUGGUUGACACAGUCAAAGACCCUGUGUCCAGAACGCCAGCACUUGUCUUUGAGUACAUCAAAAACACAGAUUUUAAGGAACUCUACCAGAAGCUGACAGACUAUGAUAUCCGUUACUACAUGUAUGAGCUUCUCAAGGCUCUGGACUGCUGCCACAGUAUGGGCAUCAUGCACAGAGACGUGAAGCCUCACAAUGUGAUGAUCGACCACCAACUGAGAAAGCUGCGUCUCAUCGAUUGGGGUUUGGCAGAGUUUUACCAUCCCGCUCGGGAAUACAACGUCCGGGUGGCAUCCCGCUAUUUCAAGGGCCCGGAGCUGCUUGUGGAUUACAAGAUGUAUGACUACAGUUUGGACAUGUGGAGUCUUGGCUGCAUGUUGGCGAGCAUGAUCUUUUUGAAGGAGCCAUUUUUCCAUGGACAGGACAACUAUGAUCAGUUGGUUCGCAUUGCCAAAGUACUCGGCACAGACGAGCUGUUCGGCUACCUGCGCAAGUACCACAUCGAACUGGACGCUCGCUUCAAAGACCUGCUGGGACAGCAAACACGCAAGCAUUGGGAGCAGUUCAUACGGAAGCAGAACCAGCACCUCGUGAGCCCAGAAGCUCUGGACCUUCUGGACCAUCUGCUGCACUAUGACCACCAGCAAAGACUAACAGCGGCGGAGGCCAUGACGCACCCCUACUUUUACCCUGUGGUGAGAGAGCGGGCCCGUACAGACCAAGCAACGACAAUACACACCUCAAAUGCAACAUGAAAAGCUCAGACAAGGUGAGCUAGUUACCCUUUUAUGGGUUUAUCAAUUAUCAGUGGCGUAACUGUGUUAGUUAGCAAAGAAGUUCAAUUAGAGUUAACUGCUGAUGACGUCAUAGACAGGCGACUGAGCUGCCGGUGACGUCAUCACCUGAUUUUUGCCUCUCAUGCAAAAAAGAUGUAUAAAUACCGUAUUUUAUAAUAAUAAUAAUAAUAAAACGGCAAAUAAUAAAAACUUAAGAAACCACAUAUAGUUGGUGGGUAGACAUUAUUUUUUUCAGAUUAAAAACAAAGCAUUAUUAGAGCCCUGUAGACAUGACAAAACACGACUAUAGUCACAUUUAUACUCUUUUUAUUUACAACAUAUUGCGCAACUGCAGGGUCUUGAGACACAUGCUAACUCGCAAACUCGAGAGCUAGCGACCUAAACGGUAGCCUUCAAGUUAUUUCCUUUCAACUUAAAUAGCCAGAAACUUACCACUUCCACACGUAUAGGGAGGAUAACUAUUAACAGUUAUUUAACCUUUAACAUGAACAUGAAUCAAACGUAAUAAUUUUUUCCGGGUACAUGAUACCAUACAGCAUCCGUAUCAAACUUUCAUUAAACUUUCAUAUCAAGGCGGGGGCCUCAAAUUAGUGUCCUGCGGGCCACAUUUGGCCCGCGGGCCGCGUGUUUGAGACCCCUGGUUUAAGAGGAUUCAAGAUCUUGGAAGUGUUUAGUGUCGUCGUCGUCACCUCAGUCUCCCAGAUAUUCCUUAAUUAUUCCUGAAUUCAUAUGGAGGUUUGUUUACCUUUUCCAAAUGAUGUCCCAUCAAUUGAAUUUACAAAAGGUGGAAUUCAAUUCAAAUUCACUUGCACUGUACAUUAGCUUUUUAAAUGAGGUUUACCGUAUAGCGGACAACCAGUAUUAAAUACAUAGCAAACCCCAAUGACAGCAAGCCAUACAUUAUGUUCAAGUAUGUGUUCUUUUUAAUUAUGGAACCAUAUAUUCAAGUUCAUGUUUUCCAAGAUGGUUGUCGCAAUGUUUGAAAACACAGGAGCAGAAUACAUUAGACAACAAAAACACAACACGCACCAAAUGAAUGCCUUAAAGCCGGGAAUGAUCCCAUUUGUUUUUGUCGUGACCUGGUUUCCUCCGCCGGUCUCUCUUGAUCAUGUGACCCAGAUGGAAUAGCCCGAUAUGUGAAAUGUAAAGUGUCAAUUGCAGUAAAAAAAAACAAAAAAAAAACAGUGGGAACACACAAUGAACUCUAUAGUAAUCAUCAUUUAUAUCAAAAGGCACAAUGACAUCCUCGAUCACUGAAAUAGCCCAUUAAUACUACGAGUAUGCGUGAAAUGUUUUGUUUUCUUGCUACAACUUCUUCACAAGUAUCCUCUUUAAAAGGACAAAGCGUGUAUUUUGUGGACUUCUUCACAUACCAGGUCAACGGUAUCCAAAGUAAAGAUGACCCAUAGUCACCAGGGGCAAAAACGGAUACCAUAUUCUCAUUACUAAUGGCUGAAAUAUUGUAUUUCAAUUUACUUUAUCGUUUUUAAAUUAACAUAAAUAAAUAAAUGAGUUAUUUUAUAGGCAUACAAAACAAUGAAAAGCACUCUAAACACAGUAUAAAACACACACAAAUAAAAAAUAAAAUAAAA